AUGGCGGCCGCCUGCGGGUACUAUGCAACAGUGUACCGGGACGGGGAGAAGACCGUACUGCGAGUGGAAGAACUUGUCCGUGGGGACGUGGUGGAAGUGCAGUACGGGGGACGGGUUCCAGCCGACCUGCGGGUCAUCAAGGCCGACAACUUCAAGGUGGACAACUCGUCCUUGACUGGGGAGUCGGAACCCCAGGCUCGGUACCCGCACUGCACCCACGAGAACCCCUUGGAGGCCAACAAUCUCGCCUUCUUCUCCACCUACGCAGUCGAAGGGACGUGCAAAGGACUCGUGGUGCAGGUGGGCGACGAGACAUUCAUGGGCCGCAUUGCUGGGUUAGCGUCGGGGAUCGACACUGGCCCAACCCCGAUUGCCGUCGAGCUCAUGCACUUCAUCUUCAUCAUCACUGUGGUUGCCGUCUUCUUCGGCGUGUCGUUUUUCGUCAUUGCCAUCCUACUGGGCUACAGUUGGCUGGACGCACUCAUUUUUCUCAUCGGCACCAUUGUGGCCAAUGUUCCAGAGGGAAUCUUGCCCACUACCGGCACUCUGACCCAAAACAAAAUGACGGUGGCCCACAUGUGGUUCAAUGGUCAAAUCGUGGCCGCCGACACCACCGAGGACCAGAGCGGCGACCAAUUCGACCGCAGCCACCCAGCUUGGCACGCCCUGUCCCGAGUGGCGGCGCUGUGCAACCGAGCCGAGUUCAGGGCCAAUAGCCGCCAUCGCACGUCCAUUCAUCAACGGGAAGUGGACGGAGACGCAUCCGAGGCCGCCAUUUUGAAAUUCACAGAGCUCACGAUGGGCAACACUUCUGCGUAUCGCAGUCGACACAGGAAGGUCUUCGAGAUCCCGUUCAAUUCCACUGACAAGUUCCAACUGAGCAUCCACGAACUCAACAGCAUCGUUCAUGAUGAACAGCAUGGCGGAUCAACGCAUCACCUAUUCUCUCAACACCUGCUAGCGAUGAAGGGGGCACCUGAACGUGUUUUUGCUCGCUGCUCAACCAUCCUCAUGAACGGACAAGAGGAAGAAAUCGAUGAUCGGCACAAGGAGGCAUUUGAGCAGGCAUACAUGACCCUGGGCUCCUUGGGGGAGCGCGUCCUCGGUUUCUGUGACAAACUGCUGCCACGCGAUGAGUACCCAGAGUACUUCGAUUUCAACGCAGAGGAGGAGAACUUCCCGCUGGACGGGUUGCGGUUCGUCGGGUUCCUGUCUCUCAUUGACCCGCCCCGUGCCAGUGUUCCGGAUGCCGUGUCCAAAUGCCGUACAGCAGGCAUCAAAGUGAUUAUGAUCACUGGCGAUCACCCAAUCACUGCCAAGGCCAUUGCAGAGUCUGUUGGCAUUAUUUCUCCAGGAAGCGAGACGAUCGAGGAAGUGGCGGCUCGGACCAAGGUGCCGGUGGACGCCGUGGCGCCGGAGCUGGCCCGCGCGUGCGUGGUGCACGGCGAAGAGCUGGCCCGCCUGUCGCCGGACGAGCUGGACGCCAUCUUGCUCAGGCAUCCGGAAAUGGUCUUUGCCCGCACGACCCCGCAGCAGAAGCUCAUCAUUGUGGAGAGUUGCCAGCGAUUGGGCGCCGUUGUGGCGGUCACCGGCGACGGCGUCAACGACUCGCCCGCUCUGAAAAAGGCUGACAUUGGCAUUGCCAUGGGAGUGGCAGGGUCAGACGUGGCCAAGCAAGCAGCAGACAUGAUCCUGCUGGACGACAACUUCGCGUCCAUCGUGACCGGGAUCGAAGAAGGUCGGGUCAUCUUUGACAAUUUCAAAAAGUCCAUCGCCUACGUGCUUCGAUCAAACGUGCCCGAAUUGGUGCCCUUUUUGCUGUUCAUCUUGGCCGACUUGCCGCUGCCCCUGGGCACCAUCGCCAUCUUGUGCAUUGACCUGGGCACUGACCUCGUGCCCGCCAUUUCGCUGGCCUACGAGAAGCCCGAGUCGGACAUCAUGCAGCGCCCACCCAGGGACCCAGUCAAGGACAAGCUUGUCAAUGAGAGGCUUGUAUUGAUGGCCUAUGCGCAAGUGGGACUCAUUGAAACCUUCGGCGCAUUCCUCACCUACUUCGUGGUGAUGGGUGAGAACGGGUUCCUGCCCCGGAGGCUCCUUGGCCUCCGGGCCCAGUGGGACAACCCGUACAUCAACGACCUCGAGGACUCUUUCGGCCAGGAAUGGACCUUUCAUGACCGCAAAAUACUCGAGUCCACUUGUCACACCGCCUUCUUUGUGUCAAUCGUCGUCACUCAAUGGGCUGACCUCAUCAUCUCCAAGACGCGCCGGAAUUCAAUCUUCGAACAGGGCAUGACAAAUUGGGUUUUGAACUUUGGACUUGUCUUUGAAACUGCUUUGGCCUGUUUCCUGUCCUACACUCCUGGAAUGGACAAGGCUCUGAAAAUGUAUCCUUUGAGAUGGACAUGGUGGUUGCCUGCAAUGCCAUUUGCUCUGCUAAUUUUCAUUUACGACGAGGGUCGACGAUAUGCAAUGAAAAAGUAUCCCGGUGGAUGGGUGGAGAAGGAAACCUACUACUGAGACUCACUCGACUUACGGACACUCCUCUGCCACUGUAUUUUUGAUUGAGAGAAGGACUUUAAGUUGAACUCGAGCUAAAGAUGCGUUCCUUGUUUCUUUUUUCUUACCUGUAGAGCAAUAUUCAACGACAUAAGUAAGGACCUUGCAAAAAUAUUCAGAGACUUUCAUCUCUGUGAAAUUUGCAAUGAAUGAAGUUCAGGCGAAAACGGAAAGAAAACUCUCGUGAACCGUUGUUUUCUAUACGUGUAAGCUCGAAAGAAGAAAAAAAAACAAGUGCGAGUAUAUGUAUACAAUUUUGUUUUGGAAUGCUUGAAUGUUUGACAAGUGUGACGCUCUGUAAAUGUGCAAAUAUUGGACGAAAAUGGAAAAUAAGGUGAACUUGAUUUGUUUAUACUGAUUUUGGUCUCAGCUGUGGUCACAAAGCAUAUGGAAUGGAAACUCAUUCGAUCAAUAGACUUUCUUCACGAAUUAAAUGUACU